CUCACUCCAAAGCACGUGAGACCACUCCACAACGCACACCCACCCGCGCGCAGUGUAGUGCCACCCUCCCAAUUGCAUGGGAUUCAGUUUCGAAGAGCGAGAGGAAGGCAAACAUAUAGUGGAACAACUGACCGCGUGACUGUUAGCAUGAGAGGACGGUGUGAGCGUUUACAGUGUCUGAAUAGCGUCGUUUGGACGGAAAAAAAGACGACAAAUAGAUGAACUUUGAAACAGCAUGAAGGCAGCUGGUUGUCAAGUCCCAGCCAGUGGAUGCGCGCCGGAUCCAGAACCAACGACAGGAUGAAUUUAGACAUUGCGCGCACAAGUUGUGCUACGGGCGAGCGUAGGGUUUGACCUCUGUGGAAAUUAUUUCUGAGACAGACAGCUUGGUGAGGAUGUAUCAAUGAAGAAUGUGACCGCGUCUGACUCUCACCAAACGGGGUGGAUGAAGCCGUCGGCGGUGUCAUGCGUCUUGCCCCGCAGUCAAGCGCGCAACCCUUGCGGCUCAUAGUUCUGCUCCUCUUCACCGCGAGGGUGAACACAUCCCCGGUGCUCUCCUCGAGCUGCCUGGACAGGUGUGUGUGUGACGACCAGCUGGUGGUUCAAUGCGCUGGGCAGCACCUGAUCACCUUCCCGGUCAACUUGCCGCUGUCCACGCGGCAGCUCAUCAUCUCCAACAACCGCAUCGUGGAGCUGCCGCCACUUGCGCUCAACUACCUUUCCGAUCUAGUGUACCUGGACUGCAGCAACAAUUCCCUGACGGAGAUAUCCGAGUCCACGUUUGGGAAUCUAAGGAAGCUGGUCUACCUGGACCUCUCCUUCAACACCUUGAUCCGGAUCGAGGACAGGACAUUCGGGCCCUUGGUGAGCCUGGUGAUGCUGAGGAUGACCGACAACCCGGGGCUCUCGGAGAUCCACCAGGACGCGUUUGUAGAAGCCGCGGCCCUCCAGGUGCUGGACGUGAGUAGGAACAACCUGACGGUCGUCAACAUCACCUCCCUGAUCGCGCUGCCCGCGCUGCGCUCGAUGGGGCUCAGCGGGAACCCGUGGAGCUGCGAGUGCGACAACGAGGACCUGUGUCUGUGGGUCCACCUGGAGGGCUUCAAGUUCCAAGAUGAGGGCCAGACGGUGUGCGGAUCCCCCGCUGACAUGCAGGGCCGUCGUCUGGGUGAGGUGGGCCUCCAGCUGCGGAUGUUAUGUCACCAGACUCUGGGCUCCUGGGACUACCUGUUCUUUGUCAUCAUCGGCUUCGUCAUCUUUGCAGCCGGCACCGUGUCGGCCUGGGUGAUGGGCGUCAUUAUGGUGCUCUACGAGCGCUACGUCAAGAAGAAAGACGAACAGCUUGAUGUGGACGACGAGGGAGAAUCUAGUGAGACGGGUCAUUCCUCGCGAGCCAGGAGUGACCAUGGCAACGGGAAUUUUAAAAUGUCACAAACUGUCUAGAAUAUCCAAUCCCCCUCUACCCAUCACGGAUUCCCACAGUGCCUCCUGUCAAAUUCCAGGACUGUCAUGAAGUCCAACGACACUGCAGUCCAACAGAGUCUGUUUAACGAGCUCAGCUCUGAGAGGACAGAGGAAUGUCAUACCUCGUGUGUUGUGGGCUUUCAGGUUAGGUAACACAACUUCUGGCGGCCAUUGGGGAGGUCCCCCUGCAUUUGGGCAUUACUGACAGUGUAUGGAAAUGUCUGACUGUGCUAUAUGGUUUAUUACUUUGUAAUAUUUGACUGGGAUGUGGUCACAUCCAUUUAAAAAAUAUAGUUUCACAUUUUAGAAAAUGUUAUUAUUCACUUUGUUGCCAAGAGUUAGAUGAGACGAUUGAUACCACUUUAUUCAUCUUCUCAUCUCACUAGGCAAGACAGAGAAUAGAAGUGUUUCCCAACAUGUCCAGCUAUUCUUCUCACCACCAUCUGGGUUCACCUGUGACCAACAGAGGAGAAACCAGCUUGUCAUAUGAUUUGUUUGUACCUAUAUUGUUACACCUGGGGUAGUAGCACCUGUCACUACUCAAUAUAACAAUCUAUUUCUAGAACCUACUUAAAUAGCUUUGUUUUCUCAUUUAAAAGAAAUCGCUAGUUGAACUCCACAAUGGCAACAAGCACAGUAGGAGACUUUACAGAUACCAUGUAAAUUGUAAAGUGAUGUGGUUCAUUCCACUCAUUUCUACUGAAAGGAGAGGGUUAAAUGCAUUUAUACAAGGCAUUUAUGUCCGAGUAGAUUAAUAAAUGUGUAACAUGUAGCUGCACGUUUGACUGAGCUUCUGCAGAUGUGAGCGUGUCCAUCUUUGGUCCGGUGAUGUGUGGUUUUGUGCAGAUGGUCCACCACCUCCCUCAUCCAUUCGCCCAGAAACAAACGCAGUCGAGGCAUUUGUGUUGACGAUCUGUUUGUGAAGUUAAGAGCCGGCAUGUGCCAACUGCUCUGGUUUGGCAGUGGACUCUACUGGAUGGCAAUAAACAGGAGAAUGUAAUAAUUGGUUUCUACUUCAGCCUCUCUUUGUAGGGUUUGACUGCAGUGUCAUAUUUGUUUCUGCAUGCACGGUUGAUGCGCCAAAAAGCCUUAUGCGGUGUGUACAAGCUAAUUCAAUUCAUGAAAGGAAACAGGAUUUUCAUACAAAAGAUUCUACAUUUUAUCAUCUGAGAGUCAUUCUUUAAAAACAUCCAUACAUAGAUUUUACUUUUUUUCCAAACCUUUACCGUUUCAGAGCAAUAAGGUCGCUAAUGCUGUCAGGAAAAACAGGGACCCGAAUCAUUUCUGCCCACAAUUGUAAAUAUCGACACCUGCUUUGUACACGUUUUAUUAUAACAGCACGAUGGUGCCGCGGUUAACACUGACGCCUCACGACAAAAGGGUUCUCAAACAGGCCGGCUGGUUUGGGCCAUUCUGAGUGGAGUAUGCAUGUUCGCCCUGUUUUCACCUGGUCCUCCGGCUUCCUCUAGUCAGAAGACAUGCAGGUUACUUGUUGGUUGCCCAAAGGGGUGAAUGUGAGUGAAAAUGUUGUCUGCCCCGUGAUUGACUGGCGACCUGUCCAGGGUGUACCAUGCUUCUUGGCCAAUAUCCGCUGUGAUUGCCUUCAGCCCCUCGCGACCCUGUAAGCAUAAGUGGUUACAGGUGAUGGAUGAAAGGCAAUAUUAUUAUGAAAGUGUGAUGUACCACGGAUGUAUGCAAAUCCUAUUGACUGUAAUGAUAGUAUUAUCUUGCAGCUGCGCCAGCAAGGGAAAGAGAAAAGCACAUGUGUAGCUAAUAAAAUGAAUGAUGGCUAA